GGAGCGUUGUGGUCAUCCCUGCUAACUCGACUCAGCACAGAAAUCAGACGCUGGAAGACAGCGAUGUGAAAUAAUGCGCAUAUUCUUAAGGUUUGCUCAAAUUUAGCUCGUUUUUAUCGUCUUGCGUUUGAAACAACUUGACGUCUUGGUGCACGGGAAUAGGCGGCGAUUGCGUUUGUAUUUGCACUCAUUGUUUGUUUCGAGCUGAUGAAGAGACCGGAGUCGGACUGCAGUGUUUGGUGAGCAAACGUAAUGUUAAUUCGUAAUCGAAGAUAAUCGUGUUGAAUUGUUGCACUCAACCCUUGCAAUAAAAGUAUCCGUCCUCUGACUAUUUUUCGUGAAUUUGUGUCAAAAGAACUAAAGGCGCGCGCUAAUGCUAAAUAGCUUGAGUUAGCUGUAUCGUUUGCGCGUCCUCGCUCGUCUGCCACGGAGCCGUGCAGAGAUCCACUUCCACGUCUCGUCUGCUGUGUGUAGUGUUACACUCUGCCAGCUGGGCUAGGCCACGUCCUCCUCGGGCUGACAUUGGGCGGGCAGGAGGGGGAUGCCCGUUAUGCGGAAGGAAGACGACGGGGAGUGAAGCGCGAGAGAUGGAAGUACUCUUUCUGAGCCAGAAGGUAACAAGCUCAAGUGACACUUCAUAAUUGUGUUCGGACAUGAUCGGUUUCGGAGCAAACAGACGAGGAGGCCGCCUCCCGUCUUUCAUCCUCAUCUUCCUCAUGGCGAUCAUUGCCAUACUGGCGUUCAACUACUGGACCGUAUCCAACAAGCACGGUCGCUUGCUGGAUGAAUUGGUGGAGGUGCAAUCGCGGGUGAAGCGCACGGACGCGGCGAGGAGCCGGCUGGAGAAGCGCAACUCGGAGCUCAUGGCGCAGGUGGACACGCACAGGAAGCAGCUGGACAAGAAGGAUGGAGACUACAGCGUCAUGGAGGGCAAGUUGCAGGCCCGAGACGCACUUGUCAAAAAGUGCACUGAUGAAAAGGUUAAGCUACAGGGUGAGCUUACAACCCAAAUGACAGAAGUGCAGAGGCUAAAAGAGCACCUGAAUGAUUUGAAGCAGGAAUUCAUGAAACAGGAAGAUCAGAUAAGAGAGGUUAAAAAGAAUAGAACCACAUUGGAGAAAAAGCUGGAAUAUGAAAGUUUACAGUGUGGACGUCAGAUUGCACAGUUAAAAAUGGAGUAUGAAGAAUCAAAGAAAAAUCUUGAAGAUGAAGCCAUAAAGCCAAGACUGAACGCAAUUGAUGGCAAAAAGGGUGUAUUGGCCGGAAGGCAUGCUGAGGGAGCUCUGGGUCUGACUGAAGAGCGCCAUACAGCAGCAACUCAUCGCCGUGAUAGUCUAGAUUUAAAAGAUAUGAUGGGUAAGCCAGGCAGUGAUGCUGGCAUGCCUGGUAUUGAAGACAGUGAGGUGGGGAAGCUUGAUGAAAUUCAAUUCGAAUUGAAGAAACCAGCCAUCACUCAGAAGCGCGAUGAAGUCAAUGAUGUGGUAGUGGGUGCUGGUGCUGGACCAGGUGUUGGGGCAGCUGAUGGCCCAGGGGCACAGGGCUUAUCUCUUGACCAGCCUCUGCUCCAGCAGGACAGAGGAGAAGGCCAGGCAGCUGUGAUUGCUGCCCCAGGUGUCAUUAAACUGGCAGACAAGCCAAUAGUGUUUGAAGAAGACAACAAAUCAGAUAUCAAAGCAGAUGAACUGGGUGAACAGCAAAGGCAGCUUCGAGCCCCAGAUGUCAAAGGUGGAGGUGAACGCUUAAAGGGCAUUCCUUUGCCUGGUAACCCUGUCCAGGUACCCAACCCCAUCCAACCACACCGCAAAGACCAAGUCCCAGGAGGGGCACUCCACCAUCAAAGCCGGUUCUUUGACGAGAUCGAGUCCCCAGUAGAUCCGCAACAUGGCUCUAAGCUAGCGGACUACAAUGGGGAUGAUGGCAAUGUGGGUGAGUAUGAAGCGGACAAGCAGGCUGAGCUGGCCUACAAUGAGGAAGAGGAUGGUGAUGGUGGGGAGGAAGACGUUCAAGAUGAUGACGAUCGAGACAUGCAGGGAGAUCGGGCUGUGGAUUAUGGAAAGCGACAUCAAGCCAUUGACAUUCUCUGAAUGUGAAUUUUGUACAGUUAGACCUCAUCAAAACAUCCUGACCUUCUUUGGACAUCAGUAUGAUUCAGAAUUCAGUUUGCAUCCUCAGUGUCAUUGACCACCUCUUCAAACAGAUUACUACUGAUGCAUUUGAAUAAUGUAAUCUAACAAUACAGAGAAAAACAUUUAAAACUAUAAUAAUUUGAUGUGUGACUUAGUAAAUUUAAGUUGGGCUAGAAAAAUAUUCAGUGCCGGAAAGGCGUCUGUAACAUUGACAACUAUUUUACUGUAGGACAGUUGCCUCCGUUGUACCAGAAUAGUCUAAAAUAGCCUAGUUGACACAUCAACUUUGGAAUGUUUUGUUCCUAGUUUUUCCCCCCUCUCUGGAUGCUGUGCUGACAUGUUUCUCAAAGAGAUUAAUUAGGCAUUUGGACUCCUUACCAACAUUUUUGGACACUUGCAAGGUUGACAUUACUGUUUUAGGUUUACAGCGGUGGGAAAGCGUUUGAAAUGCCAAGGACUUUGCUUACAGUCUAUUAAAUCAUUUUUUGUGAACACACUAGUGCCCCAGCUU